CAUAGCCAACUUCAAGUCGCGCGCAAUCAAGCGUAUCCGUCGCAUUUCGCUAACGUUUCCGCAGAGCGGAGUGUCGCACCGUUGUACGCCGCAUCGGACCAUACUGUAUGGUAGUGAGACAGAGCUAUUAGGUUCUAGAUUAAAGAGGAAGAGAAAAAGGUACGCGCGAGGGUGGUACGAUCACUGGCGUGGCCGUCGUCGACGACGAUUAGUAUAUUCUACCGGAGAGAUGUGACGUGACUCUCGCAAUGUUGGACGACGCAUCGUUCCCGGCCGCCGAAAAGAUCCUCAUCGACAUCGAGAAUGUGCUGAAGAGGAAUCUUACUCUAAGCAGCUUCGAGAUCGUGCCGGCGCAGAACAACGAGAACCGAUCGCCUGUGUACCACGAGCUCAAUUACCUGGGCCUGGAAUCAUGGUGCAUAGAGCCACUCUACUGUUACGUAUAUCGCCGGCUGUUGGACUUCCGGCAGAACCGUCGUCGCUGCGCGGAGCCGAGAACGGUGGCGAGAUGGCUGUUGGGUGCCCUUCUCAUCAAUCCGAACGUCAUCAUGUUGUGGAACAUGCGGCGGGAGUUGGCGCAGAGCUAUCGGUUGGACCCAUGCGAGGAGUUGCUGCUCACACGGCUAGUGCUCUAUCACAAGCCGAAUUCCUACGAGGCGUUCACUUAUCGACGCUGGUUAAUGCCGCAGGUGCUGGACGUUAAACAGGUGGACUCGUCGCGUCCCUAUGACCCGCUGCCCGCAUACUCACCGCUCUGCAUCGAGGUGCAGCUCGUCGAGUCCUGUGCCGAUCGCUAUGCAAGCAAUUACCACGCGUGGAGUUACCGUCGAUAUCUGCUGACGCUCCGCAAGUCUCGCGGUCUCACGCACCCCAGUCUUGAGAGCGAGUGGAGGAACACCCUCGCUUGGUGCCAACGACAUGUAUCCGACAACAGCGGCCAUUCCUAUCGACAGUUCUUGCUGAGGCGAUGCGUGCUGGACUCAGCGACGGCCUCGUCGUCGUCGUCAUUGUCAUCGUUAUCAUUGUCUUCUUCGUUGUCGUCGUCGUCGUCGUCGUCGUCAUCGUCGUCGUCGUCCUCGUCCUCGUCAUCGUCAUCGUCGUCGUCGUUGUCGUCGUCAUCGUCAUUGUCGUCGUCAUCAUCGGCAGCGGCUUCGAGUGACAUUGCCGGCAACCAGCCGAACGGUCAACAUGACUUUGAGACUUGCGACCGUGAACAACGGCUGUUGGCUUACAUGGACUCUGGGGCCGUGGACGGUUUUCGCAAGAAAUUCUUGGUCUGUCUACGCGAGUCUAUGCGACGGCAAGAUCGUAACGCUUACGAAGACAAGCUCAAGCGUUAUCUCCGGGCAUUGUCGUACUGGGCGGAGGAGUGUUACGUGAACGAGCGGCUCAUCUCUAUGUUUGAGCACAAUGAGGUGCUCUGGGGUCAUCGCAGGUUCCUCGCGCAGACGCUCAUUCGCCUCACCGCAAUGUAUGUGAGACACGGCCGUUAUGUAGAGGACGAACUUGUGGACGCCCGACACCGCGACGAGCCAGUCGUGUCGUUUGUACGCGACAACGGCGCGCGCGAUGAUCCGGUGAUUGCCGCUCACGUGUUGCUCCUGGAGGCCUUUCGUGUCGCCAAUGACAAAAUUGCCCGAGUGGCAAGGGAGCGCGACCCCCAUGAAAAGAUGUUUGUCGACCGGUUCUUCAGCUUCGUCACGGCUCUUGGCUUCGACACCGCUACGUGAUCAGAAUUGGCGCUCGAGGUUUCGAGCUUUCGACAGGAAGACGCGGUACGUGCACGAUAAGCUAUCCGAAAGACUUGACAGCUCCUUGCAUACUUGUCGUGAGGAUCGUGCAAUAGCGUCUGUAUCAUUUCCUUGCUGUCCACGUGAUUUCUCGGUUCUUCAUCUUCGGAAUUUCGUAUCAUCGCCGGAAUGGCGUCGGGGACGUAUCGGACGUGCGACUCGGUACCUGUAUUUGUUGUAUACAAAAAAUAUGUUUGCUUCCUCCCAAAAAGAUCUGUUUUCUUUAUAAAAUCGUUAAUAUAUAUUUUAAAGAUACAUCCGAUGCGCCUCCAUUAUAAGCCAUUUAGCGAUAAAAAUGUUUUUCUCGCCACUGCAGUGCGUGUCUUCUCACAACACAGAAGGACACUUACAAAUCAUUAUUUUGAAGAAAAAUAAGCUGCUUAUUUUUGCAAGAAAAUUUGAGAGACAUGGUCUAGAGAUACUCUAACAUUUAUUUUGUUGUAUCAGCGGUAAGAAAUAUCGCUUGUUUGUAGAACAGAGUUCACAUCGUGUUUUUGAGAUAUUGCAACUUGGCACUUAAUACGUUCCGUACUGAGCCAUUUUUGCGCGACUUUCCAUUCAGGCCAUUUGAUAUUUUGAGUAAAGGCAGGUAUUAUAAAAUAUUUCAUUAUACUCAUUGAUUAAUUGAUCGAUAAGUAACUAGCUUAUAUAGAAUAAUUAUCGUGUUGUGUACGUGCCGUAUGAACGGUGG